AUGUCGUCCAAAACAGUCAAGAGAAUUACACUCUUCAAGAUACCCAAAGAGGAGGAUAUCGACGCGGUGUUGGACCAGUACCAGAUCUUGAGGUCCACCGCGCAGAAGGAUGGGAAACCGUAUAUCAUAUCCAAUGAGGCGACUCGCGUGACCAACUCAUCAGAUGAGCGAGCCCAAGGAUACACGGUGGUCGCUGUCACCGUCUUCAAGUCACGAGAGGAUUUUGACUACUACGACAAGGAAUGCGGUGCGCACAAGAAGUUGAGGGAAUUCAUUACCCCUCGGAGGACUGGCUUUGCUACUAUUCAGUAUGAAAGCGAGCUCGGCCCCUGA